GUGCCAAAUGAAAUAGAAAGAAGUCGCUUAAUGAAAAUUCUAUGUAACCCAUUUGCCUCCUCUGCCCCUCUCUUUCACACCCACUCCAUCGACUCUCUUCUCCCUCACGCGAUUCUCCUUCAUGGCAUCUCUCCUGCUGGAAGCAAGAACCCUGGAGUCUCCUGCCUAUGGAAAGAACCCCUUCAUUCCAUUUGAACCUCUUUCCCCUUUCCCUCUUUCUCUCUUCAAUUCUGAAUGUGUGUUCCUCUCAGAAAUUAGGGUUUUUUCUUUCCCUCUUUCCUCUUCAACAUCUCUUCUUCUUUGUUUUCUUUCAGUUUAAGAAGCUUGGAGCUAAGAACGUUCAAGCUGGCGUAGGAUGUGGAGUUGGUUUUGGCCAUGGUUUUGGAAUUGCCCACCGCAUUGUAGAAAAUUCAAACUUCUUUUGUUCCAUGACAAAGGUGAUGACGAAGUUAGGCCUUGGUCCCAAAUUACCUUUUGGUCAAGGUGCUCUUCCAAGUUCAUUACAAGGAGGUAUGAGCAUGCUGAGUAAUUCUUCAAGCCAAAAUCCAAUGGGAAGUAUCAUGCAGUUGGCAACAAAAGUUCCAGACCACGCUUCUCAAAGUUUGACUGGAUAUGAAAAUAAAAGUACAGAUUCAAGUUACACAAUUACUUCGUCAUCAAAAAACUCUUCAAUUGAGACACCCUUUGGUAGUAUGACAGAAAAGGUUCUCAGUAAUUUUCUACAGAGUCCAGUUUUGAAGGGAGAAGGAAGCGAACUAAAUGAAGUGGAUGGACGGCAGAGAUCAGAAAACACCAUGCUACACAUGGUAUUGAAACACCAGAAAGUAAUUGAAGAGUUGAAGGAGGAGAAUGAGAAGCUUCGCCAAAUACUAGUUGAAGAGCUGAAAAUACCGUUUGAAAAGCUGCACACGAAUUCUUCAAGUAAAAAUAAUUAUCCAUGUUCUGAUUGUUUUGAAUGUAGAAGAAGACAUAGGAAAAAAAUAGACUGAAGAUAUACAUCAUGGAAUGCUAGUGCCCUUACCAUUAUCAUAUAUUAUGUUUUACCAAGUAGUCUAGAUUACCAUACCAACAUGUGAACAGAAAUUCUUCCAGGAAAAUACAAAGAAAAUUUAUUA